AUGUCAACAUACAGCUACUGGGUUCACGGUGAUGGAAAUGUAGUGAUGGGUUGGUGGUGGAUUGUUGUUGACAGGGAAACAUGGGUCUGGGAUGCAGAUAGCUGGGAUUGGCGCCACGCCUCCAUAAGAGGAGAAAAGAUAAUGGAUGCAGCAGCAGCACCAAAAGCGGUCGCAGCUUUCCAGCAAGCAAGCCAGCAGCAACGGUCCAGCAAGCAGCAGUGGUCCAGCCAGCAGGAGCAGUCCAGCCUGCAACCUGCAGCAGCAUUCAGGACAGCCAGUAGCAUUCCAGCCAGCCAGCCCGCAGAAGCAGUGGUCCAGCCAGCAGCAGCGGUCCAGCCAGCAGUAGCGAUACAGCCAGCACAAGCGGUCCAGUCAGCAGCAGCGAACCAGCCAGCAGCAGCGCAGGCGUCCAGCCAGCAGCAGCAUCCAGCCAGCAGCAGAGGUCCAGCAAGCAGCAGCAAACCAACCAGCAGCAGUGGUCCAACCAGCAGCAGCGGUCCAGCCAGCAGCAGCGGUCCAGCCAGCAGCAGCGAUUCAGCCAGCAGGAGUGAUCCAGCCAGCAGCAGCGAUCCAGCCAGGAGCCAUGGUCCAGCCAACAGCAGCAAUCCAGCCAGCGGCGCCAGUCCGGCCAGCAGCAGCGCUGCAGCCAGCAGCAGCGAUCCCACCAGCAGCAGCGGUCGAGCCAGCAGCAGCAAUCCAGCCAGCAAGAGUGGUCCAGCCAGCAGCAGCGAACCAGCCAGCAGCAGCGUUCCAGCCAGCAGCAGCAGUUGGGCCGACAGCAGAGGUCCAGCCAGCAGCAGUGAUCCAGCCAGCAGCAGCGAUCCAGCGAGCAACAGCGGUCCAGUCAGCUGCAGUGAUACAGCAAGCAGCAGUGGUCCAGCCAGCAGGAGAAACAUCAGCAGCAGCAGCAGUGGUAGCAGUCGCAGAGGUCCAGCCAGCCAGCCAGCAGCAGUGGUCCAGCCAGCAGCUGCGCCAGCAGCAGCUGUCCAGCCAGCAACAGCGAUCCAGCCAGCAGCAGCGAUUCAGCCAGAAGCAGCGGUCCAGCCAGCAGCAGCGGUCCAGCCAGCAGCAGCGGCCCAGCCAGCCAGCAGCAGCAAUCCAGCCAGCAGCAGCGGUCCAGCCAGCAGCAGCAAACCAGCCUGCAGCAGCUAUCUAUUUAGCACCAGCGGUCCAGCCAGCAGCAGCUGUCCGGCCAGCAGCAGAGAUCCAGCCAGCAGCAGCGAACCAGCCAGCAAUAGCGGUACAGCCAGCAGAAGCGAUCCAGCCAGCAGCAGCGGUCCAGCGAGCACCAGCGACCCAGCCAGCAGCAGUGGUCCAGCCAGCAGCAGCAACAGCAGCAGCAGCGCCAGCAGCAGCAGUCCAUCCAGCAGCAGUGGUCCAGCUAACAGAAGUGGUACAGCCAGAAGCAGCGAUCCAGCCAGCAGCAGUGAUCCAUUCAGCGGCAGUAGUCCAUCCGGCAGAAGCCAUACAGCCAGCAGCAGCAAUCAAGCCAGCAGCAGUUGUCCAGCCAGAUGCAGCGCUCCACCCAGAAGCAGCGAUCCCACCAGCAGCAGCAGUCCAGCCAGCAUCAGCGAUCCAGCCAGAAGCAGCUGUCCAUCCGGCAGCGGCAAUCCAGCCAGCAGGAGCAUUCCAGCCAGCAGCAGCAAAACAGCCAGCAGCAGCGGUCCAUUUAGCAGCAGCGGUCCAGCCAGCAGCAGCAGUCCAGCCAGCAGCAGCGACCCAGCCAGCAGCAGCGUUCCAGUCAGAAGCAGUGGUCCAGCCAGCAUUAGCGAUCCAGCUAGCAGCAGUGGUCCACCCAGCAGCAGAAACAGCAGCAGCAGCAGCAGUCGCAGAGGCCAGCCAGCCAGCCAGCCAGCCAGCAGCAGUGGUCCAGCCAACAGCAGCAAUUCAGCCAGCAGCAGCGUUCCAGCCAGCAGCAGCAAACCAGGCAGCAGCAGCGGUCCAUUUAGCAGCAGCGGUCCAGCCAGAAGCAGCGAUCCAGCCAGCAGCAGCGAUCCAUUCAGCGGCAGUAGUCCAUCCAGCAGAAGCGAUCCAACCAGCAUCAGUUGUCCAGCCAGCAGCAGCGAUCCAGCCAGCAGCAGCGAUCCAGCCAGCAAUAGCAGUACACAGCAGUGGCCCAGCCAGCAGCAGCAGUCCAGCCAGCAGCAGCAAUCCAGCCAGCAUCAGCGAUCCAGCCAGCAACAGAAACAGCAGCAACAGCAGCAGCAGCAGCAGCAGCAGCAGCAGCAGUGCGGUCCAGCCAGCAGCAGCGGUCCAGCCAGCAGCAGUGAACCAGCCAGCAGCAGCAAUCCAGCAUGGAGCAGCAGCCCAGCCAGUAGCAGCAGUCCAGCCAGCAGCAGCGAUCCAGCCAGCAGCAGCGAUCCAGCCAGCGGCAGCGAUCCAGGCUGCAGCAGCGAUCCAUCCUGGAGCAGUGGUCCAGCCAGCAGCAGCUAUCCAGCCAGCAGCAGUGGUCCAGACAGCAGUAGCAACAGCAGCAGCAGCCGUAGUGGUCGCAGAUAUCCAAACAGACAGCCAGCAGCAGUGGUGCAGCCAGCAGCAGCGAUCCCACCAGCAGCAGCGGUCGAGCCAGCAGCAGCAAUCCAGCCAGCAGGAGUGGUCCAGCCAGCAGCAGCGAACCAGCCAGCAGCAGCGUUCCAGCCAGCAGCAGCAGUUGGGCCUACAGCAGAGGUCCAGCCAGCAGCAGCGAUCCAGCGAGCAACAGCGGUCCAGUCAACUGCAGUGAUACAGCAAGCAGCAGUGGUCCAGCCAGCAGCAGAAACAUCAGCAGCAGCAGCAGUGGUAGCAGUCGCAGAGGUCCAGCCAGCCAGCCAGCAGCAGUGGUCCAGCCAGCAGCUGCGGUCCAGCCAGCAGGAGCAGUCUAGCCACCAUGGCGGUCCAGCCAGCAGCAGCGGUACAGACUGCAGCAGCGAUCCAGCCAGCAGCAGCAGUCCAGCCAGCAGCAGCAGACCAGCCAGCAGCAGCAGUCCAUCCAGCAGCAGUGGUCUAGCCAACAGAAGUGGUACAGCCAGAAGCAGCGAUCCAGCCAGCAGCAGCGAUCCAUUCAGCGGCAGUAGUCCAUCCACCAGAAGCGAUCCAACCAGCAUCAGUUGUCCAGCCAGCAGCAGCGAUACAGCCAGCAGCAGCAAUCAAGCCAGCAGCAGUGGUCCAGCCACCUGCAGCGCUCCAGCCAGAAGCAGCGAUCCCACCACCAGCAGCAGUCCAGCCAGCAUCAGCGAUCCAGCCAGCAGCAGCUGUCCAUCCGGCAGCGGCAAUCCAGCCAGCAGGAGCAUUCCAGCCAGCAGCAGCAAAACAGCCAGCAGCAGCGGUCCAUUUAGCAGCAGCGGUCCAGCUAGCAGCAGCAGUCCAGCCAGCAGCAGCGACCCAGCCAGCAGCAGCGUUCCAGUCAGAAGCAGUGGUCCAGCCAGCAUUAGCGAUCCAGCCAGCAGCAGUGGUCCACCCAGCAGCAGAAACAGCAGCAGCAGCAGCAGUCGCAGAGGCCAGCCAGCCAGCCAGCCAGCCAGCAGCAGUGGUCCAGCCAGCAGCAGCCAUUCAGCCAGCAGCAGCGGUCCAGCCAGCAGCAGCAAACCAGGCAGCAGCAGCGGUCCAUUUAGCAGCAGCUGUCCAGCCAGAAGCAGCGAUCCAGCCAGCAGCAGCGAUCCAUUCAGCGGCAGUAGUCCAUCCAGCAGAAGCGAUCCAACCAGCAUCAGUUGUCCAGCCAGCAGCAGCGAUCCAGCCAGCAGCAGCGAUCCAGCCAGCAAUAGCAGUACAGCCAGCAGCAGCCAACCAGCCAACAGCAGCGACCCAAACAGCAGCAGUGGCCCAGCCAGUAGCAGCGGUCCAGCCAGCAGCAGCAAUCCAGCCAGCAUCAGCGAUCCAGCCAGCAACAGAAACAGCAGCAACAGCAGCAGCAGCAGCAGCAGCAGCAGUGGUAGCAGUCGCAGAGGUCCAGCCAGCCAGCCAGCUGUAGUGAUCCAGCCAGCAGCGGCAGUCCAGCCAGCAGCAGCAGACCAGCCAGCAGCAGCAGUCCAUCCAGCAGCAGUGGUCCGGCUAACAGAUGUGGUACAGCCAGAAGCAGCGAUCCAGCCAGCAGCAGCGAUCCAUUCAGCGGCAGUAGUCCAUCCGGCAGAAGCCAUACAGCCAGCAGCAGCAAUCAAGCCAGCAGCAGUUGUCCAGCCAGAUGGUGCGCUCCACCCAGAAGCAGCGAUCCCACCAGCAGCAGCAGUCCAGCCAGCAUCAGCGAUCCAGCCAGAAGCAGCUGUCCAUCCGGCAGCGGCAAUCCAGCCAGCAGGAGCAUUCCAGCCAGCAGCAGCAAAACAGCCAGCAGCAGCGGUCCAUUUAGCAGCAGCGGUCCAGCCAGCAGCAGCAGUCCAGCCAGAAGCAGCGACCCAGCCAGCAGCAGCGUUCCAGUCAGAAGCAGUGGUCCAGCCAGCAUUAGCGAUCCAGCUAGCAGCAGUGGUCCACCCAGCAGCAGAAACAGCAGCAGCAGCAGCAGUCGCAGAGGCCAGCCAGCCAGCCAGCCAGCCAGCAGCAGUGGUCCAGCCAGCAGCAGCCAUUCAGCCAGCAGCAGCGGUCCAGCCAGCAGCAGCAAACCAGGCAGCAGCAGCGGUCCAUUUAGCAGCAGCUGUCCAGCCAGAAGCAGCGAUCCAGCCAGCAGCAGCGAUCCAUUCAGCGGCAGUAGUCCAUCCAGCAGAAGCGAUCCAACCAGCAUCAGUUGUCCAGCCAGCUGCAGCGAUCCAUCCAGCAACAGCGGUCCAGCCAGCAGCAGCGGUCCAGCCAGCAGCAGUGAACCAGCCAGCAGCGGCAAUCCAGCAUGGAGCAGCAGCCCAGCCAAUAUCCAGACAGACAGCCAGCAGCAGUGGUGCAGCCAGCAGCAGCGAUCCAGCCAGCGGCAGCGGUCCAGCUAGUAGCAGCAAUCCAGCCAGCGGCAGCAGUCCAGCUAGCAGCAGCGCCGCAGCCAACAGCAUCGAUCCCACCAGCAGCAGCGGUCCAGCCAGCAGCAGCGAUCCACCCAUCAACAGCAGUCCAAGGUUCAGCCGGCCAGCAAGCAGCAGUGCUCCAGCCAGCAGUGGCAGUCCAGCCAGAAGCAGCAGUCCAGCCAGCAGUAGCACUCCAGCUGGCAGGAGCAGUCCAGACAGUAGCAGCCAUACAGCCAGCAGCAGCGGUCCAGCCAGCAGCAGCGAACCAGCCAGUAGGAGCAGUCCAGCCAGCAGCAGCGAUCCAGCCAGCAGCAGUGAUCCAGCCAGCGACAGUGGUCCAUCCAGCUGCAGCAAUCCAACUAGCACCAGUUGUCCAGCCAGCAGCAGCGAUCCAGCCAGCAGGAGUGGUCCAGCCAGCAGCAGCGGUCCAGCCAGCAGCAGUGGUCCAGCCAGCCAGCAGAUUCUAGCCAGCCAACAGUGGUCCAGCCAGCAGCAGCGGUCCAGCCAUCAUCAGCCGCCCAGCCAGCAGCAGCAACAGCAGCAGCAGCAGUGUGGCGGUGCAGCCAGCAGCAGCGGUCCAGCCAGCAGCAGCGAACCAGCCAGCAGCAGCGAACCAGCCAGCAGCAGCGGUCCAGCCAGCAGUAGCGGUUCAGCCAGCAGCAGUGGUCCAGCCAGCAGCAGCGAACCGGCCAGCAGCAGCAGUCCAGCCAGCGGUAGCGGUUCAGCGAGCAGCAGCGGUCCAGCCAGCAGCAGCGAUCCAGCCUGCAGCAGCGAUCCAGCCAGUGUUAGCGGCCCAGCCAGCAGCAGCGAUCUAGCCAACAGCAGUGGUCCAGCCAGCAGCAGCGAUCCAGCCAGCAGCAGUGGUCCAGCUAGCAGCAGCGAUCCAGCCAGCAGCAGUGGUACAGCCAGUGGCAGCAAUCCAGCCAGCAGCAGUGGUCCAGCCAGCAGCAGCGCUGCAGCCAGCAGCAGCGAUCCCACAAGCAGCAGCGGUCCAGCCACCAGCAGCGAUCCAGCCAGCAGGAGCCGUCUAGCCAACAGCAGCGAACCAGUCAGCUGCAAAGUUCCAGCCAGCAGCAGCGGUCCAGCCAGCUGCAGCGAUCCAGCCAGUAGCAGUGGUCCACUAUCCAGCAGCAGUGAUCUAGCCAGCAGUGGCAGUCCAGCCAGCAGCAGCGGUCCAGCUAGCAGCAGCCAUCCAGCCUUCAGCAGCGAUCCAGCCUGUGGCAGCGGUCCAGCCAGCAGCAGCAAUACAGCCAGCAGCAGUGGUCCAGCCAGCAGAAGUGAUCCAGCCAGCGGCAGCGGUCCAGCCAGUAGCAGCGAUCCAGCCAGCAGCAGUGGUACAGCCAGUGGCAGCGAUCCAGCCAGCAGCAGUGGUCCUGCCAGCAGCAGCGCUGCAGCCAGCAGCAGCGAUCCCACAAGCAGCAGCGAUCCAGCCAGCAGCAGCGAUCUAGCCUGCAGGAGCAGUCCAGCCAACAGCAGCGGUGCAGCGAGCAGCAGCAUUCCAGCCAGCAGCAACGGUCCAGCCAGCAGCAGUGAUCCAGCCGGCGACAGCAAUCCAGCUAGCAGCAGUGGUUCAGCCAGCAGCAGCAACAGCAGUAGCAGCAGCAGCAGCAACAGCAUCAGCAGUUGCGGUCACAGAGGUCCAGCCAGCCAGCCAACAGCAGUGAUCCAGCCAGCAGCGGUGGUUCAGCCAGCAGCAGCGGUCCAGCCAGCAGCAGCGGUCAAGCCAGCAGCAGCGAUCCAGCCAGCAACAGCGAUCCAGCCAGCAGCAGCAGUCCAGCCAGAAGCAGUGAACCAGCCAGCAGCGGUGGUCCAGCCAGCAGCAGCAGUCCAGCCAGCAACAGCGGUCAAGCCAGCAGCAGCGAUCCAGCCAGCAACAGCGAUCCAGCCAGCAGCAGCAGUCCAGCCAGAAGCAGUGAACCAGCCAGCAGCGGUGGUCCAGCCAGCAGCAGCGGUCCAGCCAGCAGCAGCAGUCCAGCCAGCAACAGCGAUCCAGCAUGCAGCAGCGAUCCAGCCAGCGGCAGCGGUCCAGGCAGCUGCAGCAAUCCAGCCAGCAGCAGGAUGA